AUGCCUAACAGAUCUCUACCACCGCCCGCAAAGAAACGAAAACCAAACGAUGACGUACAAGACGAGCUAAAACUUCUCGAGACUCAGAUAUGCUCUGCAGUGAAAACGCACUCAUCCCUCAAUCAGUUGGCGGACCUUCUAGAGCUCGCAGAAUCGUCAUCCGAGGUGCACAACAUGUCUCGUGCAAUUUACAGUCUCUACCGUGUCUUUGUUGUCAUCGUAACUAGCGGAAUGCUGGGUCAUGGUGGAGACGAUACUGCAAAAGCUGUCCGACGAUGGAUAUGGGACAAACUGGAAGCCUAUGUCAACAUUUUGUCAGGACUUUUGCAAGACGAAGAAUCAGGCUUGCGAAUUUCAGCCCUCGAAAUUUUGUUUUCGCUGCAGAAGCACUUGUCCACGUCCUUAACGAACUCAACAUCCUCUGAUGCAUCAUCGUCGAAAGUUCAGCCGCAGUUUCAUUCCUCGCAUUUUCAGUCCGUUGUCUCCGCCAUCCUCAUGUGCCCGCCUUCAUCUCGGCCUGGUGCAUCCUCAAUUAGUCCGGGAAAGCUAGCAGAGAACGUCAGAGAACUCUUUGUUGAAAAAUGGCUUUCCGUGUAUGACGAUGUGCGGUGGUGGUUCCUUCGAUUGUCAACCACAGUGCUCACUCGUGCCUCACCUAAGGAUUGUCUUCAUAUCCUCGAUAAUAUGCUCUCCAUUAUGGAGAAACUCGUGACCUUCCCAACCGAGCCAUCCGAACUCAACUCGUGGUGGGUUGACGAACUCGGUCAAAGGCCGCCAGCCCCCAAAAGCUCCAGGUCCGAUGCAGAUACAGAGGAGGAACACGACCUUGCCGACAACGAAGAGGAUAUAGAUGACUGGAGAAAGUACUUCGACGAGGAUGACGAUGCAAAACCGACCAAGAGUAAAGCCAUCAAAGGCCGGGUACAUGAACUUAAUCUCCAUCAAGCCCUUCAUUCUCUACAAGCACAUCGUGCAGUCUUCACUCGCGCAUGGCUCUCGUUCCUUUCACGCUUUUCUCUUGCCAGCUCCGAGGCGAACAGAAAUUUAUCUAUCAGGGUGUUGAACAUCAUGCACCGUGGUGUUUUGCCUCACCUUACGAGACCGGUGCUAGUGAUGGAUUGGAUCAGUGCAUGUGUUGACUUCGGCGGAACGGUGGGGCUCCUCGCGUUUAACGCCCUUUUCACUUUGAUGAGAGAUUAUAACCUGGACUAUCCCUCCUUCUACACACGUCUCUACGCAUUCUUGGACCGAGAUGUACUCCACCUCAAGCACCGCGCCCGUUUCUUCCGACUCACGGAGCUGUUUCUGAGUUCGACUCAUCUACCUGCGACGUUGCUUGCCUCCUUUGUCAAGCGACUUGCACGACUUUCGUUGACUGCUCCCCCGGCUGCCAUUGUCAUGGUCAUACCAUUUACCUAUAAUGUUCUCAAGAGGCAUCCAGCCCUGAUGGUGAUGAUUCACAGGGUCAGCCUGGAUGAUGAUCAAGACAGUGAUCAUUUUCUUCCUGAGGAAAUAAACCCGAAUAACACGAAUGCCCUAGACUCCUCGUUAUGGGAGCUAUAUAGCCAGAGGCAGCACUAUGAUCCUGCAGUGUCUGGUCUGGCUCGAAUAUUCGAGGAGGCCUUUACAAAGCCCGGCUACAAUAUAGAGGAUUUCUUGGACCAUACUUAUGGGACACUCAUUGAAACGGAAACAAAAAGGAGGAUCCGGAAAGAGCCCGCACUCGCCAUUGACCUCAAACCAAGCACUGAGGGAGACGUAAUUAGUGAACUGUGGGCAUUAUAG